ACCUGAUUAACAUAUAAUGCUUCUUCAUAGGUCAGAGGCAGAAAAAAGAUACUGAGAGUAAGCGUGCUUCCUCCAUCUCCUUGUUUAUGUCUUUGGCUGCUCCUGCGUCUCUCAGUCUUGGUUCCACUGCCUCUUCAAACUUUGUGCCAAAUGGCACUAUCUAUAAUAUUGAUGGAUAUUGGGUGAGACCCGCACAUGUGGAGCCAAAGAGGAGCGAGCCACACGUUCCUCUAGCACCAACAUUUUAUGCUCCUGUGGUGGUUGAGAAGGUUGAUGAAAGUGCUGAAGAUGAUUAUGAAAAGCUAACCAAGGAUCUCGGAAAAUUAACUUCUCCGCUGGAGAUUAUAACAAAAGCCCACGAAAAGCUCGGUGACAAUAUUGCUCUAGCUUUCAGUGGACCCGAGGAUGUCACUUCGAUGGAGUCAUGGUUAACUGGCUGCCUUGUUUCGGUGUUCAUUGAUGCUGUUGAGGUGGCGCUUCUUUGGAAUGCUCUUAAGGGCGUGAGGCCUAUGGACGGAUCAUCAGAUGGCUUUUUUGGAUGCCGUCCAUUGAUUAUGAAUUAUGAUGAUCAUGAGAAAAGCCAAAUUAUACCCAUCUUCUUCUACGGAACUGGGAUUACUGAGCAGCAGCAAUAUGCUUUUGCUGCCGCAAUCAUGUGCUUGGUAGAGAUCCUAUGAUCUUCUCGUACUUACAAGAGAAGAGUUCCCCUCUGCAACAACUUCAAGUUUGUAAGCUUUUGUGAUCAUGAAUUGCUGCUGUAAACAUGGUCCAAAAGUCUCAGAUUCCACAUUACACUUUAUUUAAGCAAUUUAGAUAUGCGUAGCAAAACAUGAGCAAUUUGAAUACCAUAGAGGUACUUCUUUGAUCUUUUUUCUCCUUCUAGCUAGGUGCUUUCUCUUGCAUACUUCCUGUAUAUCUGAAGGGACCAUACGCUUUUUAUAUACAUCUUAAUUACAUAUAUAAAUAAAUAAAUACCAUAGA